GUUUUCAUAACCCUCACUAUUUGGUAUCAAUAAAUCCCAUUUUUGACAAGCUUUCAUUUGAUAUAAAAUUCAUUAUGUCUACUAUUUGAAAUUAUAGUGUUACCCCCCUAGCAAAAUAUUUUUUCCAACCCUGUACAUUUCUACUAUUAUAACAUGUAGUGAAAUUUCCUCGUAACUAAAAGACCUGAGAGAGACCAAACAACUGUCUUUUCGCAAGAAUUUCAGAUUUGAUUUCAAAUUCGUAAAAUCUCGAAUGUAACCGAAAUAGUAUACGAAUGAAAUUCAACUGAUUCUGCUAUAAGAAAAAUCUAUCCUUUCUUCUUCUCAAUGUCAUCCUUUAGUUUCUUUCAAAAAAUGCACACAGCAUUGAAUGACUAUAAUCGAGUUGGACGAUACAUCAAUGUUUUACGUUUGUGAAUAAGUUGACCUAUUCAAUUUGACAAUGGCGAAAUAGGCCCAAAUAGACUGAAACAAAUAAAAUGAAUUAAGACUGAAUUAAUGAAUAAAUCGUCCAAUAAAAAGAUGAUUGAAGUCGGAAGAGACCAAUCGUGUUGUCUACUUUGUUUCUUUUUUUUUCAGUCUGUUUGAGGUCAAAGUGGUGAGAUGCAAACAAUGAACAAAUAUCUAUAUAUAAUUCUGUCUUAGUCAAAAGCAUUACAGUCAUAAUAAAAUAUGAACCGAUCAAAUGUUCAUCUUCUAGAUUUGCCUGAUGAAAUAUUACUUAUGAUUUUGAAGAAGUUGAACAAUGUUGAUGUACUAUAUUCGUUAUUGGAUAUUAAUAAUGAACGAAUUAACGCUCUUGUACAAGAAAACGCUUUCACCAACAUUUUGAAGUUUGUCUCCAUUCGUAAUUAUUCUUUAAUCGAUCGAUUCUACUACGAUAUAUUACCAAGAAUUCAUCGUAAUGUGAAAUGUUUUAUUCUUGAUUCAACUCUUAUAAAAUGUAUUCUACGUGCGAUCGACUAUCCGAAUCUAACUGAACUUAAAAUUUUUGAUUUCGACCAAUAUAUCGCUUUAAAACAUUUUACAAAUGAAUCAUCACUUCGAUCUCUUUUCCAAGAACAAAUUACAAACCUUAGUCUUAUCAAUAAAGAGAAAGACAUAACAACACCUUCAUUAAGAAAUUAUACUACAGACGUAUAUAGUCAUAUCUUGACCUUCUUCAAAAAUUUAAAAGAAUUAACUAUCAUGGGACCGUCUUCUAUAUCCAUGUAUCCAGGUUUAUUACUUCGUGCUUUCCCAUCGACUACUUUUUCAUCUUCGAUUCUUACUCAUUUAUAUAUCAAUGUGAAAACUUUUGAUGAUUGUCUUUGUUUACUUGAUGGUCGACUUAGAAAAUUGACAACAUUAUGUGUUAAUAUCUAUUCUAUAGACGAGUAUUCAACAGUUGUUCAUAAUAUGGAUAAAUUAAUUAAUCUAAAAUCUUUCUCAUUAAAAUCGUUCUUUCGAUUUCAACAAUAUGAUAAAAUUGUGUCACUUCUUCGUCGUAUGUUAUAUCUGGAAAAAUUAGCUUUAUACCUUCCUAUAAAAGGUCGAAAUACAGUGAUUGAUGGUACUUAUGUUCAACAUGAUAUUUUGGAUUAUAUGCCACAACUUCAUUCAUUCACUUUCUAUAUUUGUACUUAUGUAAAAACGGUUGAUUUAUCCUACAAGUUAUCUAAUGAAGAUAUUCAACAAACAUUAACAAAUAUUCGACAACAACAUGUCACAAGUAUAGUCAAUUAUAUUCAAGAUGAGAUAGCUGCAUGCUCGAUUUUCUCACUUCCUUUUAAAUUUGAUUAUCUCAAACAUCUUGGCAAUAAAUUUCCAAAUAUUCUAUUCAGUUAUGUUACGUGUUUACUUGUAAAAGAUACUAAUCCAUUCAAACAUGAAUUCUUUAUUCGAAUUGCCCGAUCGUUUCCAUUACUGAAGUGUUUACGUAUUGUUAAUAUGAAAUCACAAGUAUUAGAUGGUCUUAUGACAGUUUCAUCUGACAAUUGUCAAUUACAAUCAAUUAUUGAAUACCCCCAUCUGACUAUACUUGAUGUCGCAUAUGCACAUAGAGAUUAUGUUGAACAAUUUCUUAAUGAAACAAAGACAUAUAUACCUUGUCUGGCGGAAUUUCAAGUCUCUCUUGAUGAUUUAAAAGCUGUAACAAAAGAUUUUACAAGAGAAGAAACACGACGCAAUUGUGCUAUGCAUUAUAUGGAAGUCUAUCCAUGUUUAAAAUAUCUCGUCUAUGUUUUAAAAGAGUAUUUACUACAACUUAAUCUCAAUGAAGUAUGGACUAAUGGUAUUAGUAGUUAUUCACUUAUUCUUAUGUUAGUCUGUUUCCUUCAAACUUAUAAUAAAAAAGAUCAACAAUCAUUUAGGUCAUCAUCAUUUUAUCCAUUAUCUUUAUCUAGUUUAUCUUCAUCUUCAACAACAAAAACUACAUCAUCAUCAUCUAUAAAAACUAAUAGUACGACAGGUACAACAGAUGAUUGUUCAUCAUCAACGUCUUAUCCAUCAUCAUCUACUGGUUCAUGUAUAUCAUCUGAUGAUAAUAAUAGUUUUAGUUAUAAUAAUAGUGAUAUUAAUGAUGAUCAUUUUAAUAACGGUAUUAACAAUAAUAAUAAUAAUAAUAAUAAUAAUAAUAAUAAUAAUAAUAAUAA